AUGGCUGCUGCGAACAGAAUGCAACGUUUGGCCACAUGUCCUAUUUGUUUGGAUACAUUUCGUCUUCCAAAAGUUUUACCAUGUAUGCAUACAUUUUGUUUAACACCAUGCUUAACAAAUUUAGUCGAUCCACGAGCACGCUCGUUACGUUGCCCUGAAUGUCGUCGAGAACAUGUGAUUCCACAAGGUGGAGUUCAAGCAUUUCCUUCUAAUUUAACUAUGAUUGGAUUUCUUGAUAUUCAACCAUCAACAAAUAUCAAUCUUCCGGAUCGAUGUUGUCGUUGUAACGCACAAAAACAAACUCUUGUAAAUUGUCAUGAUUGCUCGAAUUUUUUCUGUACUGAAUGCCGAGAGCCACAUUUACGUGAAACAUUUCAAAACAUCAAUUCUUCUGUCAGUCAAUUACGUCGUACUUUACCCGCAUUGAGCGAUAAAAUUACUUCAUAUGAACAACGAGUUAAUAUUGUUAAAACAAAUCAUGAACAAAUUCGACGAGAAAUAUCAUUAGUAAUAGCUACUUUAAUUGAUGAACUAAAGCACCGUGAGACAGCAUUAUUGACUGAAGCUGAAGUUUAUAUGCAAUCACAGUUGAGAACAUCUCGUUUACAACAAGAAACUGGUGAAGUUGAAUUAGCAAGUGUAGCAAGUUUUUGUGAAUCAGUAGGAGCAGCAUUUGCGAAUGGACAAUUUGUCACUGAUGUUGAUUUAGCAAAUAUGCGAGCACAAUCUAAUCGUUAUUCACAACAAAUUCAAGGUGUACAAACACAAAUACCAUCUGAUGUGCAGAAGUUAAGACUUGUAUUUAAUGAUCAAGAAGCUAUUUCUUCCGCUAUACAAAAUUUCGGUCGAUUAAUUGAUACAUCUCAAGAACAGCGAUCUCAAAUUUCAACAAAUCAAGUUGCUCAAUUCCAACAACAACCACAACAACAACAACAACAACAACAACCAAGAGUCUCUACUGUAUUAAAUCCUCCAUAUGCCACAACAGAAUAUGUUACACCAUCAAGAAAUCCAUCACAAUGGCAAGCCCAAUCUCAAAAUGGUCAGUACCGACAGUUAGAAAAUCUUUAUUAUUCUCGGGGUAACAUAGCAUCACAAACUCCUCUACUAUCACAAACUAUUGGUUAUCUCCCUACGCAAAUCGGUCCUUCUCGCAGCGCUAAUAAUCUAUUUGCUGAUCUGAAUGCAACAGUACCUGCUCGAACUAGUACAUCAUCCUAUACAGCUUCAUGGGAUCCACAAGGACUUCAUCGUUCAACAUCUACUGCUCAAUCAUCCUCCAUCUUUGGUUCAAAUCCAUUUGCAGCGGCUAACAAUCGACAAACUCAGCCACCGCCACCACCACCACCACCAGCACCAUCAGAUUCAUCACCCAGGCGUAACUAUGUUACAAGCACAACAGCAGCACGAUCGCUUGAAGGAGAUGAUCGGCCCAUCUUUGGUGGCAGGGGCAGUGGUGGUGAAGGUGGAAGAGGUGGUGCUAUAGUCGGACGAGGAAGAGGUCGAACCACCACUAUUCCCUCAAUUCAAGAACAAGUACCUUCAACAAACGAUUUACAGCGUCAACGUACAUUUAUACUUGAUCAACCUAGUGCACCUAAUUUACCUCAAUCUGGUGCUCAGAAGCCACGUGAUACAGUGAUUGUUCGAGACCUUUAUAAUGUUCGCCGACGAAAUCGUGCUCAAACACCGGUGGCUUUUACUAUUGAUCUCAGUCAACGAGAACAAACGUCCACAGAUAAUAACACUGCAUAA